AUGUGGCUUUUGGAGAAAGCCGGCUACAGGCUGGGGCCCCUGGAGUCCAGGCCCCGAUGGGCGCCCUCCAGCCUGCUCCCCAAGCGCCGAGCCCCGGGCCCGCCCGCGCGCGCCUGUCCCAACGUCCUCACUCCCGAUCGCAUCCCGCAGUUCUGCAUCCCGCCGCGGCUCCCGGACGCUGGGGGCCCCGAGCCCCUGGCCGGGCGCAGCCUCCCCGCGGCCUGUUCGCUGCCCCACCUGGCAGGCCGGGAAGGCUGGGCCUUCCUGCCCGAGAGCCCGCACACGCGCCGGCGCGAGUCCCUGUUCCACCCGCUGCCGCCGCCCGCCGCCGCCGCCGCCGCCGCCGCCGCCGCCGCCGCCGCCGCCGGGGGGCUUUCCCCAGCGCACGGCUGGCGGCACGUCUCCGCCCCGGACCUGCGCCUCUGCCGGGCCCCCGACAGCGACACGGCCUCGUCGCCCGAGUCGUCGCCCUUCGGCUCACCGCGGUCACGCCCCGGCAGGCCCCGGCCGCACUCACUGUCCCCGGAGGAAGCGAGCUCGGCCGACACCAGCCUGCACGCGCCGCGCCGCACGGGGCCGCCGCUCUUCCACCUGGACUUCCUGUGCUGCCAGCUGCGGCCGACCAAGGAGAGCGUGCUGCGCCUCGGGCCCCGCGGCGGCCAGCUGCGGCUCUCGGCCGAAUACCAGGCCGGGCCCCGGCGGCUGCGCCUGCGCCUGGUGAGCGCCGAGGGCCUGCCGCGGUCGCGGCCCAGCCCCGGGAGCGGCGGUGGAGGCUGCUGCGUGGUGUUGAGGCUGCGGCCGCGCGUCCGUCCGCGGGGCCAACGGAGCCGCGUGGUCAAAUGCAGCGCCAACCCCAUCUUCAACGAGGACUUCUUCUUCGACGGGCUGGGCCCGCCAGACCUGGCCGCCCGCAGUCUGAGGGCCAAGGUGCUGGACAGGGGCGCAGGCUUCCGCAGAGACCUGCUGCUGGGGGAGUGUGAGACGCCCCUCAUUGCCCUGCUGCCCCCCUUGGGCGGGGGGCUGGGUCUGGGGACCUCCCUGGCGCCUGCCCAUCUCAGCCUGUAGACUGAGAGAAUGUCACUUCCUCAAAGAGAUCUCCUCUAGGUCUGCGUAUUCUUUCUUUUCGUCUGCCCAGCUUGUAUUUAUUUUUGCUAAUAAAAUGUCUGUUUUUAGCAGGAUCUCGCCCCUUGUUGGCAUCCUAUGCUCCGAUCUGCAGCCUACUCUUUUCCCUCCACCUUGGCUACACCAGGGAUGGAAGAAACUCACUUACACCGAGUUAGAGCCGACCUCAGGUGGUGGUUCUCAAACUUGAGUGAGCAUUCGAAUAAUCGGACAUCCGCAGUCUUGGGCUCCAUCCCCAAGAGAUGCUGAAGCUAGAUUAAUAGGUCUGGGCGGUGUAGGUCCUAAGGCCCUGUCCAAAAAGGCCUCCACCCCUUCAGGGGGUCCUCUAAUCACUGAGUCACUCCAGAAAAAGCUUUGUGACUGAAACCAACAUCAGCCACCUUUCCCCCAAGGGGGUUCCUUGGGGCUGCAUAGGGGAAAUCAGCAGUCCCCCACCCCUCUGCCUCCCCACUUGUACCCACAUGUGUCCUGAGGAGAAAAGAAAUUUCUGUGUCUUGAGAGUGAGUCAGGAGAUGUCAGCACACAGUGCUGAGUUAGGUGUUUUCUCUCUUGCCUGUGCCACCCUAGCGGGCAAAGCUGCAGCCAAGAGUCCAAGCAGCCCUUGAGGACUGAAUGGUGGAGAAAAACUGUCCCAGGGAUUGAGAUGGGAAGGGCGUCUUACCUGAGUGUGAGAGCUCUUCUCAAAGAUGCUCUGAAAGGCUACCCCCGUGAGUAGGGGGAGGGUGGGGAAGGAGAAAAUGUAGGUCACAUUGUGUUUACCUCCUACCUGAAUGUCC